CGGUAUUUCUAUACUUGUUUUAUAUUCUGGGUUUUGGUUGGCUGAGUUCUCACUCAAAAUAAGAUUCGUUCUCCGUUUUCAGGUUGCACAGGGCAGCAAGGGGACAUGGACAUGUGCUGGUGUCUCAUCUUCUAAAGCCAUUUUUUCAUCAUUUCAUGUAAUUGCAGGCCCAAACACCAAAAUCUUUUCUGGUAGCUGUGGCGACCUGAGGCCCAAACACAUUGGAUCGCAUUUCUCAGCCCAUGUCCAGUCUUAAUUUCAUUAUCUCUUCCGCAUGCCCGUUGCCGUUCUAAAAAACAAGCAGGGCAGGGCAACAGGAACACCUACCCAAGACAAGGACAAAGCUCAAGCCGGGGAGAGAAACAGAGCGUCUGCGACUUUCUACUUCCUGGGGUGAGUCAACAUAUCGAAAUCCCGCACCAGAUCAUUCUGGCGGAUAUUCGGGGCAUUAGAGAUCUGAGAAUCGAUGGAGAGAGAGCUUGUGGAGUUGUUUGAGGCUGCGAAGAAAGCCGCUGAUGCCGCUGCCAGUGACGGAGUUUCCUCCAAUGGACCGGAGGUCGUGAGGUGCGUAGAUGCGCUGAAACAGCUGAAGAGUUUUCCGAUAACGUACGAUGUUUUGGUAUCCACUCAGGUCGGGAAACGACUUCGACCUCUCACAAAGCAUCCUAGGGAGAAGAUCCAAACUGUGGCCUCUGACUUACUAGAGAUUUGGAAAAAGAUAGUUAUUGAUGAGACCACCAGAAAGAAAAAUGGUGCCAUUGAUAAUAAAAGUUCUGGGAAAGCUGAGGUUUCGAAGGUAGAGACCGUUAAAGUUGAGAAGAUUCAAAAAGCAGGCACGGUUAGGGUUGAAAAAAUUGAUCGUGAAGAAACUAUCAAGGUUGAAAAGAUAUCCAAGGAGGAGAAACAUGUUUCUAAUGGGAAGAAACCAUCGCAAGCUCCUAUUGCUCCACCAAAGCUUACUACAUUGGUCAAAUGUAACGAUGCUUUACGUGACAAAGUUCGUGAACUUCUUGUGGAGGCCUUGUCCAAAGUUGCUGGUGAGGUUGAUGAGGAUCUUAGGGAUGAAGUAAGUGCAUGUGACCCAAUCCGAAUUGCUGUAUCUGUAGAAUCUGCAAUGUUUGAAAAGAUGGGUCGGUCAAAUGGAGCCCAAAAGUUCAAGUACAGAUCCAUAAUGUUCAACAUGAAGGAUCCAAAUAACCCUGAUUUGAGGAGAAAAGUACUUCUUGGACAGGUCCAACCAGAGAGGCUCAUCACAAUGACCCCUGAAGAAAUGGCAAGCGAACAGAGACAACUGGAAAAUAACCAUAUUAAAGAGAAAGCAUUAUUUGAUUGUCAGCGAGGUGGUCCACCAAAAGCCACAACUGAUCAGUUCAAGUGUGGUCGUUGUGGUCAGCGCAAGACCACUUACUAUCAGAUGCAGACUAGGAGUGCAGAUGAACCUAUGACAACGUAUGUAACUUGCGUAAACUGCAACAACCAUUGGAAAUUCUGCUAGUCUGGACUUAGGUAGGACUGCCCUUCUGAGGAACAAAUAUGGAGCUGAUUAUCUGCUAAGCUCCACUUUACUUGUAAUGAGUUUGUGAUAAAAUGUCUGGACGAAAAAAUCUUUCAUUAAUAUCCAUUUGCUGUAGGAAA